AUGACAAUGUCGUUUUCGGACGAGAAAUAUGAACGUAAAAGAAGACCUACUAACAGACGCGACACGUUACAGUUGAGCAGUCGAGUUCGCAAUGUUCGCCGUCUCCGUUUCCGUAUCUAUUACUUCCUUGACCAUCCAAUGAGUGCAAAUAGUACAUGGUAUCAUUUUGGAGUCUUCGCUUUCGUACUCAUGGCAGUGAUUCUUGGUGCCACUAGUUCAUGGGAGGAUCCAUACCUGAAGGAAGUGCAUGUCUAUAUGGAGGUGGUACUAGCAGUGUUUUUUGUUUGCGAGUUCUGUGUUCGUAUGUGGUGUAUCUCAGCGGAUGCAAAAUACUGUGGGAUGAAAGGACGGCUACGUUACCUCAUACGUCUGGUCUCACUGGUGGACAUUAUCAUUAUAAUAGUCACUUCACUGAUGGUGUACAUGGAGAAAGCUUUUAUAGCUGAUUCGACGCUCGACUACCUGCGGCUGAUUCAGAUACUUCGACUAUUCCACAUAGACAGACAAAUGAUGACAUGGCAUCUCAUCAAGAAUAUGGUCAUGCUUAGCAAGUACGGUUUGUGCCUCUUGUGUUCAUUUGAAUACAAUCUACGGAUGGUGAGAUGUAAGGGAAGAAAAGAGAUGACGAUUGCCGCCGAACGAGUAACUAUUGUAUUUGGACCAGUUGACUUUCAACUAUGCAUUUGGCACAGUCCUGCGCCGACANGAAAAGAGAUGACGAUUGCCGCCGAACGAGUAACUAUUGUAUUUGGACCAGUUGACUUUCAACUAUGCAUUUGGCACAGGAUUCUUAAUGUAGCUACUGUCUCAGAUAAUCUUUUCAGCCGUAUUUGCUUCAAAUUAUACCUCACAGCUAAACGAAUGAAUCGGAAUGCGCAGAUGGAGAACAAGCUUCGUGAGAAACUUGAAAGGAAGAAGAGGUUGCGCCAUGCGGUCGCUGCCAUUGAGCAAUCUUGGAAACAGCAACUAAGUAUGGGCGUGGCUCAACAAAUGAUCCAGACAUUCAGCCUCGACAGUCUUCCGGAAACUCAAAAUAAUAAUGGCAGAGCCAGUGAAGCAGAUACAUCGAGCUUGUUUGAGCGUGGAUCAAUUGACACGACAUUGUCGUCAUCGUUCGAUAUUUCCGAUAUCGAAACGCAAAUCGAUACGACCAAUAUGUAUGACGAUGAUCGAUCUGAUUCUGUAGACAUUUCAGAGGUGGAAGAGUGGAAACUACACAAGUUCAGACCACUUUUGCGAUUCUUUAACUUCUUACUUUUUCGACAGUAUGCGAAAAAGUUUCGUCGGUUACGCAAAUCCGAUCGUUUACUCGAAUUUGAUGCGGAAAUUCGCGAACAAGAGAACGUACGGAAUCAGAACCUCAGGGAGCUCGAAUUGAGGGUAAACGCCAUGUUAGGAAAGCCGGGCAUAUCGUCGCUCAGUGGGGUCCCUGCUGAGAAGCUCUGUAUAAGUCGUCGGCUGGACUUGUGUGAGUCGAAAAUGACUGACAUGGAAACUACUAUGAAGCGGAUCAAUGAUCUUGUCGCAGAUCUCGCCUCAAAACUCGAGUAA